UUUUCUUUUCAUUGCACUUAGAAAUGGUUUAUGUAUAAAUUGUGAUAUUUUGAGCUUGAAAGGUGCAAAGUGGAAUUUUAAAAUUGUAGAAAAUGUGUGAAAUAGUGCACAAAAUGGCAUCUUUUGAUGUAACACAGAACACCUGAGUUAGGUUGAAGUAAUAUUCUACUAAAAGCAGGAUUAUAGAACAGACAUUUUUGUUGAAAUGGGAUCAUCUAUAUAGUAUGCAUUGUGAAAACUAUCCAUAGAGUGACUUAUAAGCUGGCAGAAUCCUCAAAGUAAAUGUGUAUGCUGUCAGAAGUGCCAAGAUUUAUACUUUUAAUAUGGGAACAUUUGAACCACAUGAAGACUUUCCUGCCAUUGUGAUUGACAAUGGAUCCAGUACCUGCCGAGCUGGAUUAGCGGGAGAAGACAUACCUUCAUGCAUCUUCUCAAGCCUUGUUGGGAAACGAAAGAAUCUUUUGGGUGAAGAUGAGUUCUUUGUUGGUGGUGCUCUCCAAGAAAACAGAGAACUGAUGGCGCUCACUUACCCCAUAGAAAAUGGCAUUGUGGUCAACUGGGAGGACAUGAUGAAAGUCUGGGACUACGUUUUCUAUUCCAAACUUUCUGUGCUGACAGAAGAGCAUCCUAUUCUGAUCAGUGAACCACCUCUCAAUCCACGGGGAAAUCGAGAAAAAAUGGCUCAGGUCAUGUUUGAGACGUACAGGACGCCUGCAUUCUUUUUGGCAUAUCAGCCACUGAUGAGCUUAUUUGGGUCCUUUCAGAAUGAAGGCAUCGUCGUCACGGUUGGAGACAGUGUUACACAUGUGGUGCCAUUCACCGAAAACCUAUCUCAGAACCAUGUUGCUAGGAGACUUGAUUUUGCCGGGCGUGACUUAACCCGUUACCUGCAGCAGCUUCUUUUCAAGAGCAAUUAUAGUUUCACGUCCAGCCAUGAGCUGGAGCUAGUCAGAGAGGUGAAGGAAAGCUUGUGCUUCGUGGCCAAGGACAGGUACCACCUCAAGCAGCUUGCCUCUGCGACAGAGUCUAAGUGCGCUGCCACAUACACCCUUCCUGAUGGGGCCAAAGUCCAGAUGGACAGCGAGAGAUACCUGUGCCCUGAGCUGCUGUUUGAGCCCGAUAAUGACUUUCACAGAGGUAAAAGCAUACCCAAGCUGAUCGAGAGCACAAUCAACGAGGUGGACAUCAGCUGCCGCAGGAACAUGUACUCUUGUGUCAUAAUUUCAGGGGGAUCCACCUUCUUCCCUGGCUUCACCCAGAGGCUUCACAAAGAACUUUUGUCUCUCUCCCCGCCUGGGGUUCAUCACGUGAGAAUCUGCGCCAAGCCUGAAAGGCAGCACUUGGAAUGGAUUGGAGGAUCUGUGAUAGCGUCCCUGUCCAGCUUCAACACCAGCUGGAUAAGCAAAGAGUUGUAUGAAGAAUAUGGUCCCAAUAUAGUUUGCAGAGAGUGCCUCUCUCACUAACACAAACCCUUAUUGUCUUCUGAGAUUAAUUUCUGUUUCAAUUUAGCCAAGACGCCCAUCCUUUAGGAUGUUCACAGCAAGGCCUGGCUCAUGUCAUUGAGCUCUUCAUAUUGUGGCCAGAUAUUUAGUGCUGCGCAUAUAUGGGGUUUUCAGAUCCAGUUAAAUCAAUAUUGAAUAAGUUCUCUGGUGAUGUUUCUUCUCUCUCCUUGAUACAUGAAGUUCAAUGCAUUUAUUUUGUUUCAUUUCCUGACAUUCCAAAGGCUAAUGUUUUUAUUUAUUUACAUGCUUUUGUGUUCAAAUGUUGAUCAUAUACAUUACUCAUUCGGCUAGUCUAUUUAUUUUACACAGCUCUUUGAAUAAACUUUCUUGUAAAUUAAAAACUUGUCCAGCUAUUUGACUUUCAAGGGAUAAGGAAAAUAAAAGAUUUUUGGUGCCUUUGAAGUAAACAUUUACAAGAGAGCCAAAACAAAGUGGAUGAUAAUAUUUCAAAUCUUUCUGGAGAGACAAUAAGAGCCAUUGCUAUAGAUACUGACAAGUAGCACUUUUACUCUUUACUCAGUGCAUAUACUAAUAUUGGAAUGACCAAGAUACUUGCCACUCACAAGAGAGCCAAAACAAUUAACUACACCUAAACGACCCAGAUACUUGUAACUCACAAGAGAGCCAAAACAAGAUAAUUUUGAUUGGUCCAAUCAAAUGGAAAUUCAGUUUGACUACAAUUGACCACCUCAGCGUAACUACUGUAACAAUAAAAAUAUAGAUGCAAAUACGAACAACAUUCACACACGAAACACGUAUGCACUCACAACCAGCGCUUUUAUGAAUUAGACAUGAUGAAAGAUUACCUUGUAACACUCUGACUGAAAAUGGGAUAAAAGAGUUUUCAAAUCUUUCUGUUUUAGUCCUAAUGGAAAAGAGACGACCACUUCUUUCAGGUCUGAUGUAACAGUACCCAGUAGUUAAAUGAUUGCAGGUUUUUAUUGAGAAUUGUGUGCGUUUUGGAAAAGCAGCUUUCAUGAAAAAGUUCUUUAAGAGGGGGUAGCUGUGUUCGAGUCGUAUAUGAUGCUUUUUUAAUUAGUUUAUGUCUUGUGCCAGUGAAGUAUUACCAUACCAGCAGGUGAUGGCAAAGUAAAUUAGACUUCUGAUGGUUGCUAUAUAGAAAAGUUUAAUUAUUGUUUUGUUGAUUUAAAAUUUUCUUAGCUUUCUAAGAUGAAGAGUCGUUGAUGAAUUUUGGUGUAGAUCACUUAUAGAAUUUUUAGAAUCGCUGAACUGUUCCAGGUCAUUCUGAAUUAUUAAGUAUGACCUUGUGAAAUGUUGCAUUAUCUCUAAUCCUCAAAGACAAUGUAUAAUAAAAAAAAAAGAGAAAAAAUUAAAUAGACAAGCACACCAUUUUUUUAAAGCAGAUAUUCGCUUAUCCAAGCUUUUCUGGACAAUUUUUUUCUAUGACAGUAGACAACAAAAGCAUAUGAAAACAGAGAACACUUCCAUAAUAAG